ACCCUGCGGAGCACCGCGGCGCCGUGGAGUCCUGUGACGUCAGGACAGACGGCUGCCUGCUACAGCGGGAAAGAUGGCGGCGGAGGAGAAGCAGCGUCCCGCGCGCAGCGUCUGUGAAGCAGGUGGCCACGGGUUCAAGUCCUCCACGAUGAGGCGCGAGGAAGAAGACGAGAAAGACGACCUGCUGGAGGAGGAUCUUGGCGUGGCCAGGCCGGUGCAGAUCGUGGUGGCCGAUGAGGAGGAGCACUCGUUCUCGCUGCAGGAGGAGGCGCUGGAGCGGCUGCUGCUGCAGGAGGAGGUGCAGGACCUCCACGUGGUCGUCGUCUCCGUGGCCGGAGCUUUCCGCAAAGGGAAGUCCUUCCUGCUGGACUUCAUGCUGCGCUUCAUGUACAAACAGUCGGCGGGGUCGUGGGUCGGCGGGGAGGAGGAGCCUCUCACCGGCUUCACCUGGCGAGGCGGCUGCGAGAGGGAGACCACGGGCAUCCUGGCCUGGAGCGAGGUGUUCGUGGUGGAGAAACCAGACGGCAGCAAGGUUGCAGUUCUGCUAAUUGACACACAGGGGGCGUUUGACAGCCAGUCCACCAUCAAAGACUGCGCCACGCUGUUCGCCCUGAGCACCAUGACCAGCUCUGUGCAGGUGUACAACCUGUCCCAGAACGUUCAGGAAGACGACCUGCAGCACCUCCAGCUCUUCACAGAGUACGGGCGACUGGCCAUGGAGGAAGUCUACGAGAAACCCUUUCAGACGCUGAUGUUCCUGAUCAGAGACUGGAGUUAUCCAUACGAGCAUCCGUACGGCCUGGAGGGGGGGCAGAGCUUCCUGGAGAAACGGCUGCAGGUGAAGCAGAACCAACACGAGGAGCUGCAGAAUGUCAGGAAGCACAUCCACUCCUGCUUCUCCAACAUCAGCUGCUUCCUGCUGCCUCACCCCGGCCUCAGGGUGGCCACCAACCCGCACUUUGACGGACGGCUCAGAGAUAUCGAUGAGGACUUUAAGAAGGAGCUGGUGAACCUCGUCCCCACGCUGCUGUCUCCAGAGAACCUGGUGGAGAAAGAGAUCGGAGGAGUGAAGAUCACCUGCAGAGACCUGCUGCAGUACUUCAAAGCUUACAUGAAGAUCUACCAGGGAGAGGAGCUUCCUCACCCCAAGUCCAUGCUGCAGGCAACAGCUGAAGCUAAUAACCUUGCAGCCGUAGCAGGAGCCAAAGACGUGUACAACAAAAGCAUGGAGCAGGUCUGCGGCGGGGACAAACCUUACAUUUCCCCAGCAGAGUUGGAGCGCCGUCACGCGGAGUUGCGGCAGGCGUCUGUGCGACACUUCCGCUCGGUUAAGAAGAUGGGCGGCGAGGAUUUCUGCCGCCGCUACCAGGAGCAGCUGGAGGCGGAGCUCGACGAGGCUUACGCCAACUUCAGCAAGCACAACGACGGCAAGAACAUCUUCUACGCCGCGAGGACGCCCGCCACGCUGUUCGCCGUCAUGUUCGUCAUGUACGUGGUGUCGCUGGUCACGGGCUUCGUGGGCAUCAACUCGGUGGCCACGCUGUGUAACCUGGUGAUGGGCGUCACUCUGACGGCGCUCUGCAUCUGGGCGUAUGUCAAAUACUCCGGAGAGUUCCGCGAGGUCGGCGGAAUCAUCGACCAGGUGGCUGAGACUCUCUGGGAACAGAGGACUCCUCGAAAGGUUUUCUCCAAACUCUUCGAAGUGGCCCGGAGUCGAGUCCCGUUGGGAAACCUGAUCCCGGCGCCGCGGCCCCGGCUCGCCUCAAACAACAACGUGAAGAAGAAAAACUAGCAGCACGCCACGUGGAGCCUCCCCCCUCCCUCCCCCUCGGCUCGGUUUGGAAACGGCGUGCAAAUCAAGUUCUUGUUGUCUGACUGUAGGUGGCGGCUCCUCACCGCGCUGGCUGUAGGUUUAAGGACUCGCUGUAGACGGACGAAGCAGUGUCAUGUAUUUUAUUUGUCAGUGGGCGGGGUUAAGGUAUUUAUUGGUGGGAGGGGCCAUUAUUCUGUGUCAGCCCAGGUGUGCGUUCACCUGCAGGAUGGCGACUCGUCGCUAAUGAUUCCCAUUUAUGUGAAUGUAUGAAUGAAGAGCAUGACCACAGACCCUCCUCCCCUCAUGGUUUCCCUCCUUCCUGUCGUCUCCGUCAGGUUUGUUUUCUGUCGCUGGGCGGCGUCACGAGGAGUCACAACCAAAGUUUACAGCUUUACUGGCCGAGGCGUUCAGACUGAGCGGACUGACGAGCUGCAGCUCGGCUUCGGGGAAAUCAAACUCGUCGACUCGAUCCGUAAACUCUGACGUGAAAUUAGAUCUCACCAAAAACUUGACAUUGAUGAAUAGAUCUGGAAUCUUCACUGAGUUCUUCCCGGAGCUUUUGACUGAAUCGCACAGUCUUCUUCGUCACCACGUGACAAAAUUGACCACGAACAGCUCGCGUAGUUUGUCCGACCUGUUCUGCAGUCGUCCUCUUCAGAUCGUCUGUGUGACUGAAUCUGUGAUUUUAAGAUGAUUUAAUGUUUUUAGAUUUCAGAAGUUUGAUCAGUGUCGUUUGAAGAACGAGCUCACCUCGACGUGUUUAACACUUUAUCUGAAUCCAGCGGGUUGAGAUAAAUAUUCCAGGCGGUUCAGGCACGUUGUCCUGCAGACGCCACAGAUCACGGCCUGAUGAUCUUUCCUUCAUUAUUCUAUCGUUGUUUUGACGAUCAUGACUUUCAGUAUUGACUUCUUGUUUUGUGUUUUUUGUUCAGACGGAUCUGAAGAAGCUGUAGUCCCGACACUUUCUCCUCCAGCUGUAUUUAACGCACAAACACGAGAUCGACCUCUAAAAAAAAUUAAAGAUUAUUCCCACGUAGCUCGUCGUCGGUCCUCUCGAUCUGACUGCCAGAGUUUCAGAGACUGAAGCUUUUUAAUGUUUUUCUCCUGUAGAUUAUUUAACUCGUGUCAUUCCUCCUCAUCAUGAAGCUCCUCCUCCUCCUCCUCCUCGUCGUAAAACACUAAAAAUCAUUUCAGCUGUCGUAUCACCAACAUCAAACCAACUUUUAGUUUUGAAGCCAAAAUCUCUGAAUGAAAGAUUCACCGUUUCUUUUAAUCAUUCCAUCCACGACAUCAUCACCACCGUGUGCUUUUUGUUUUUGUACAGUUUAGUUUUUUACAGCUUCAUCCACACAUAGGGCAUGUGUAUGAAAUAUAUACAUAUAUAAAUAUAAAUUUGUCUAGACCUUUUUGUAGCUGGAAGAACAACGGUUUGGGUGGUAGACCAGAUUCAGCUCACUGGAUGUAAAGGAAUGCUUUCGUGAUUUGUGGAUAUGUCUAAUAAAUUCCUUUUUUAUAUAAAUAUUUGUAAAUUUAAUCUGACAUGAGCACUGCGAUGAUUCCACCCCCUGCUGGCAACGAAUGUUUAUAAUCUGGAUCUUUUCUUUUCUUUCUUCUGUUGCAUUUUAAAGUUAUUUUCGUUAAUUUAUUUUUCAGUACAAUAUUAAACCAAACUCCUUCAAACACA